UUGUUAAAGUGUUUGAUCUGUGUCUAUCACGGACAAAAUCGCUUCUAUAAAUCAAGAAAACUUUUUAUGAUCUGUGCACGCGUGAACGCCAUCGUCUCGAUGGGAGCAGGUCGUGGCAGCAAUGGCGCCGUGCUCGGCAUCGGCGUGGCCGUGGUGACCGCGCUCCUGGCGUGGCGGUGCGCGGCGGCGGCGGCGCAGGCGCCGCCUGUUGCUUCGACGGACGGCGGCGGGUCGGGGUGUAUGCCGGAGCUCGUCAGCCUGUCGCCCUGCAUGGGGUACAUGUCGGGGAACGCGACGGCGCCGGCGGCGGCGUGCUGCUCGGCGCUGUCCGGCGUGCUGAGGUCGAGCCCGCGGUGCCUCUGCAUGGUGCUCGGCGGCACGGCGGCGUCGCUCGGCGUCGCCGUGGACACCGCACGCGCGGCGCUGCUCCCCGGCGCCUGCAGCGUCCAGGCCCCACCUGCCAGCCAGUGCAACGCGGGAGUUCCGGUGUCAUCUCCGGCGAACCCGACGACAUCCGGCGGUACUCCGGCGACGCCAGCAGGGACUCCUGGAUCGAAGACCACUCCAGCAUCCACUACUCAAUACUCUGACGGAAGCGUUAACAGAUCUCGGGUGAUAUUGGUCAUCCUCGUCGCAGCGAUUGUUGUGUUUCUUGAUCACUUUUGAGUUCUUCAGUACAAUAAGUCAUAUUGUUCGUUUUACCUUUUUCAAACGAUGAGCAGCAUAUGUGCGGAAAAUUGUGAUCUCUCCAAAGUCACGCACGCACGAUCACGUCAAGUUGAUGGAUGGAUUGGUCGUGGGAGUUUCAUAUUUACUCAUCAUCCCUUGUUUA